CCUUUUCUCGUUUCUAUCACCUUUCAGAAAACGAAACUGAGAAAAGAGAGUUUCGUCGAUCCCACCGAUGAUCCGAACGUCUCCAUAUAUACUUUCCGUCAUUCAUUCUCCCUCUCAUUUAUAGGGUUUUCUCUCCCACACACACUCUCUCUCUCUCUCACCUCGAAUCUCGCCAUUUUGAUAUUUUCUUCUUCUACUACACCGCCGAUUUCGAUCUUCUUCGAGGCUUUUUCUAGAGAUAUUUCUCUCUCUCUCUCUCUCUCUCUCUCUCUCUCUCUCUCUCUCUCUCUCUCAGGACCAUCUCUCUCACAUUCUCUGGAGCUAAAAAAUGGCGUCUUUGCCUCAUUCUCCAAUUGCAUCUUCUGGUACCUCUGCUUCGGAUCAUCUCCAGAGUUCCUGUAAUGGCAUCAACGGCAUGCCUGUGAAAUACCUUGGAAGAUCGUGCUUGGGUGUUGGGAGGAGGGAUCUAUCCACUGUUGCAAUGAUCAAGAAGUGGAAGAAGCAUGAUUACCCGUGGCCUGACGAGAUUGACCCGAAUGUGAAAGGUGGACACCUGAGCUAUCUCUCACAUUUCAAGCCUUUGAAAGAGAAGCCGAAGCCAGUUACGUUGAACUUUGAGAAACCGCUCAGAGAUCUAGAGAAGAAGAUCGUUGGUGUACGAAAGAUGUCAGAUGAAACUGGUCUGGAUUUCACUGACCAGAUCUCUUCUCUCGAGACUAAGUAUCAGCAGGCUUUAGAAGAUUUAUACACACAUCUAACUCCAAUACAGCGAUUGAACGUUGCCCGGCAUCCUAACAGACCAACUUUUCUUGAUCAUGUGUUAAAGAUUACUGACAAGUGGGUGGAGCUUCAUGGAGACCGUGCAGGUUAUGAUGAUCCUGCCAUUGUCACGGGCAUAGGUAGCAUAGAUGGUAUGAACUGUUUGUUCAUAGGUCAUCAGAAAGGUAGAAACACCAAGGAAAACAUUCAACGUAACUUUGGGAUGCCUACUCCACAUGGUUACCGGAAGGCUUUGCGCCUGAUGUAUUAUGCUGAUCAUCAUGGAUUGCCUAUUAUUACAUUCAUUGACACGCCAGGGGCUUUUGCAGACCUUAGGUCAGAGGAAUUAGGCCAAGGUGAGGCCAUAGCACAUAAUUUGAGGGCUAUGUUUGGUCUGAAAGUUCCAAUUGUUACGGUUGUUAUUGGGGAAGGUGGUUCUGGUGGUGCACUUGCCAUUGGAUGUGCUAACAGAUUAUUAAUGAUGGAAAAUGCAGUUUUCUUUGUUGCCAGCCCAGAAGCAUGUGCUGCUAUCUUGUGGAAGAGUUCCAAAGCUGCUCCAAAGGCAGCUGAGAAGUUGAAGAUAACUGCUAAAGAGUUGUGCAAGCUGAAAAUUGCAGAUGGCAUCAUUCCUGAACCGCCUGGUGGUGCACAUACCGAUCCAUCUUGGACCUCAGAACAGAUAAAGAUUGCACUUGUUGGAGCACUGGAAGAGCUCUUGAAAAUGGACACGCAGCAGCUCCUCCACCAUCGCAUGCUCAAAUUCCGUGCUAUGGGUGGGUUCCAAGAAGGCAUCCCAGCAGACCCAGUAAAGAAAGCCAGAAUGAAGAAGAAAGAGGAGCCAGUCAUUCAAAAGGGAGAGCCCAGUACAACUCCAGAUAUUGACUUGGAGGAUGAGAUUGAAAAGCUCAAACAGAAAAUUUUUAAAUCCAAGGAGUCAUUGUCUCAGCCUCCUGAGUUGGGUUUAAACGAGAUGAUUGAGAAGCUGAAAAGAGAGGUUGAUCUGGAGUUUUCUGAGGCUGUCAAAUCCAUGGGAUUGAUGGACAGUUUCGAGUUGCUGCGGAAGGACGUUUCAAAAGCAAGGAGUUCGCCAGACCAACUCAUUGACCCGGGUCUCAAGGAAAAGAUUGAGAAACUCAAGCAGGAGAUGAACCAGGGUUUAUCAACAUCUCCCAAUUUCCCAAGCUUGAAUUACAAGCUCAAUAUGCUGAAGGAAAUAUCAAAAGCAAAGGAACUCUCGGAGCAGGAUGGAAAACUUGCGUCGAUAAAGCGGGAAAUCAAUAAAAGGCUCAAAGAGAUUGUUGAUCAAUCCAAUAUGAAGGAGAGGAUCGAGAUACUAAAGGCAGAAAUGGAAAAUUCUGGAGCCUCGACAGAAGGUGAUCUCGAUCAAGGGCUGAAGGCGAAAAUCGCGAAAGUGAAGAAGGAGAUGGGAUUUGAGCUCGCCAAUGUAUUGAAGUCCUUACAUUUGGAUGUUGAGCUUAUGGCAUCAAAAGAAGAGGUGUUGAGAACAAAUGACUUAAUUGAGAAGCCGCCGUUCUCAGAUUUAAAGGUCAAGAUAAAGGAAUUUAAUAAUAAAAUUAAUGUGGGGAUCCAAGAUGCUGUCAAUUCGACGGAUCUGAAGAACAAAAUUGAGAUGCUGAAGUUGGAGGUGGCAAAGGCGGGGAAAUUGCCUGAUCCAGAAUCAAUGAAUAAGAUUGAGACACUGAAGCAACAGAUCAGGCAGAGCCUUGGAGCUGCUUUAAGCUCCUCAGCUUUGAUAGACAAGCAUGAGAAGUUGAUGCAGGAGAUUGCUCAAGUCAAGGGGUCGGAGGAGUUGAAUGGAGCUUUGAAGCAGGAGCUUCUGCAGGAAGCCGAUUCAAAAUAUGACUUGUCGAGAGUAGAGAUUAAUAGGGAUGUGAGCUGCAGCUUUACCUAAUAUGAAGAUGGCCUGAUGAGAAAAAUGGCUGCUGCUCGGUGCAUGGUUGCACUUCUCUCCAAAACCUCCACACAUUCCAACCGGAACCAGAAGCUGGUUACGGGAUUUGAGCUGUCUUUAAAAUCUUUUAACUAGAAUAUGUCAACUCCACUUCAAAUACAAACAAGAAAGCAGUGGGCAAGAAAAUGCAUCUUUCUUGUUGAUUCUUUUAUCAGCCUUUUCCUUCUCUAUAUCACCCUAGUUGUGGCCAUUUGGGCACCCAGGCUAGUUUGAGUUAGUGGUUGAAACAGCCAAAGUUUUGUUUUCCAUUCAGAAGUCUGUAUGUAUGUAUGUAUAGAUUUCACAAGCAUUUGAGGUUAUAGUUGAGGCUCCGGAAAUGUCUCUGCUAGAGUAGCAGAAAUAAGUGUAGCUUUCAUCACAUCCUGACAUGGACUUUGAGACGGUUGGUAUGUAGUAGAAGGAUUACCUCAAUGUAAUACCCGGUUUAGAUGAUCACAACCAUCCAAAGGAGGCUCAUACUAUUGCCCAUUUUGCAUGGCUUUCAUUGUCC